AUGGAAGCUGUGCGCGAUCUGUACUGGGACGAGGUGGAGAAUCUGGUUCAAAACAACAUUUGCGUUUUAGGGACAGGAACACAUGGCACAGCCUACUUAGUUCGGUGGGGUGGGGAGACGGCAGUCCUGAAGGUUGCCCAUAAGUCUCAUGCGGUAAGAAGUUUUUGGCAAGAAACUGAAGCCUUGCUUCGUCUCGACGGGGCCGGUGGAGCACCAAGGGUCACCGGCUUCUGCAAUGAUCCACCAGCUAUUCUGCAAGAGUUCAAGGGCCUCGUCACCUUGGAAGACAUCUUAAAUCAGCUACAUGACGAGCGGGAGACUCGAUACAACUUGAUAGAGGUGGGUCUGCGGAUCGGGGAGCAGCUUGAAGACUUUCACCGAUCUGGUCUCAUCCACAAUGACCUAAAGAGAGACAACAUCCUCGUCAACGGGUCACCAUCCAACCCACAAGUCAGUAUUAUUGACGUGGGUUUGGCCUGUUACUCACACGAGAACAUUAGGUGUAACAGUGAUCCCAACAAAUUCCCCUGGAUGGCCCCCGAGGUGUGUCUGGGCCAAGAGAGCACCAGGGCCUCGGACACAUACUCCUAUGGGGUUUUAUUGUCCAAGUUGGCCGUCAAGGCACCCGGCUACCACCCAGACGUGUUUGCCCUCGCCCUCCAAGCCACGGAGUACAACCCUUAUCACCGCAUAUCUCUGCCGAACCUUCUUCAUCGUCUCCGGGGACUCCUUCGCCACAACCAA